UUAGAACCUUUUAGAAUAAUGAAUGUUUAUUUAGGGCAAGUGAAUUUGAAAAAUAUUUUAAGACCCAUAGAUGUUAAAGAAUAAACAUUUGUGUGCAAGACUGUAGAGCAGUAAGAAGGAAGUUUGUGCAAAUUAAUGUUUUCACACAAUUGUUAAUAUAGUGCCUUCUUGGUACAGGUUCUUAUGAAGUAGCUGAAGGACUAGAUCAGUUGAUUUUCUGAGAAUUUAUUUGGUGAUUUCCUGCUUUUUUUUUUUAAACUUUUAUUGAACAGAUGAAACUUUUUCUCUGCCUGUUCUGUUAUCACAUACAUUGAUUGUUUCCUCCUGUCUUAAGUCUUUAUCUUAGAGCUCAUGAGGUUUUAAUUCUUAACACAUGGGUCUUUUAACCCACCAUUGUUCUCUCCCACUUAAGGUCUUGGAACUACCAUUCAGAAUUGAAUGUUUCACCCAACCUGCUUUACCCAGCUUCCUUGUCUUUCUAGUCUCACUUUACAUAUUAAUAGUACCUACUGAGACAACCCUCCUCAGACUCCUCCCAAUCAUGUUUCUUUCUAACACCUACACACUUGUAAUCACUUACUUGAAUUUAGUUGUUUUUCAUCUAUUUUUUUCCAUAGUGUGUUAAGUGCUUAGAAACAAGAAUUUCUUGUUCACUGAUCUUAAAAUACCUAGCACAUUGCCUGGCCUGUCCGCAUUGCGUGCUUAAAAAAUGUUUGUUGAUAGUUUUAGAAUUUAUCAGUUGAGAGGAUAGGAUAUGAGUAAGAAGUUGCAUUAGGUUAACAGACUUCUGGGAAUAGAGAGAUGGAUAUGAUUUAGAAUUGUGCUUGCUCACAAAAGGCUUGCUUUUUAAUUUACCUUGCCCUUGGAUGAAUUCUUCAAGUGUUUUGGUCAGUUGAAGGGAGAAAGGGAACCCAAGAGAGCUUUCAUUUUUCUUAACUUCCAAUAGUAAUGUUUCAGCUAAUUUACCUUCACAUACCAAUUAGGGUAAUGUCUGAUUUUAAUAAAUCUACACAAAUAUAAGAAUCCUAUAAAAUAAGUGUACAGUUCAAAAAAAUUAAAACCUUUGUUAAUAUACUGACCAUGAAGAAGUUUUAUAGUUGUUUUAUUUUCGUAUAAUCAGGAUGACUAGUAUGACAUACUGAAACAAAUCCCUGCCUUUCUAUAAGGCUGCUGAAUUUUUAUUUCUGUGAAUAGGGAUGAUAUAUAAUCUAGCUCUUUUUUGUCACUCUUGUAUUCACAAAAAAGUCUUAUUUAUUGUUUAUAAUUUUAACCAAAUAUAGCAUUAACAUGGGGAUCAAUAACCUCAGUGCAUGAGUUGAUGAACAAAAAAAAUGACCUCACUUUAAAAAGUAAAUUACAUGAGUUUUUUAAAUUUUUCAUUUCAUUUUAUUUCUUAAUUUUCUAUUUUAGAUUUAAAGGGUGCAUGUGCAGGUUUGUUACAUGGGUAUAUUUUAUAAUGCUGGAAUGUGUGUUUUUAUGGAACCUGUCACCUAAAUAGUGAACAUUGUACCCAAUAGGUAGUUUAUUAACCUCCCCCACCCUUUUGGAGUCCCCACUGUCUGUUAUUUCCAUCUUUAUGUCCACGUGUAUCCAUUGUUUAGCUCUCACUUUAUAAGCGAGAACAUGUGGUAUUUGAUUUUCUGUUUCUGUGUUAAUUCACUUAGAUAAUGGCUUCUAGCUACAUCCAUGUUGCUGCAAAGGACAUGAUUUCAUUCUUUUUUAUAGCUGCAUAGUACUCCAUGGUGUCUAUGUACCACAUUUUCUUUAAUCUACCAGUGAUAGGCACUUAGGUUGAUUCCAUGACUUUGCUAUUGUGAAUAGUGCUUUGAUAAACAUGAGUGUAGAUGUUUUUUUGAUAGAAUGAUUUCUUUUCCUUUGGGUAGAUAACCACUAGUGGGAUUGCUGGAUUGAAUGGUAGUUACAUCUUUAGUUCUUUGGGAAAUCUCUGUGCUGUUUUCCGCAGGGGUUGAACUAAUUUACAUUCCCACCAACAAUGUAUAAGUGUUCCCUUUUCUCCAUAUCUUUGGCAAUUUCUGUUAAUUUUGGGCUUUUUAAUAAUACCCAUUCUGACUGGUAUGAGAUGGUAUCUCAUUGUAGUUUUAAUUUGCAGUUAAGUAAGGGUUUUUUUCACUUUGCCAAAUCCUGAUGGAAAAAUUCCUGUUUUUGAGUCAGGCAUUUCCCCUACCCCCCACCCACCCCUACUCUUGUGACUGACAUUGGAAAGGCCUUAUAUACCUAGAUCAGAGAUUUUCAUCAGUGGCACUAUUAACAUUUUGAGUUGGAUAAUUCUUUGUUGUGGCAUUGUAAGAUGUUUAGCAGCGGCAUCUCCUUUCUAAGUACCUGUAUCCUCCUCCAAAGUUGUAAGAACAAACAAUGUCUCCCUGGGAACAAAAUUGCCCCCAGUUGAGAACCACUUACUAAAUCAUAAGUUUUAUUGCUAAUGAGGUUGGAAAGUUCUAAAGAAAACCAUUUAGAUCACAAAUUGGACACAUUAGGCAGUUAGUCAUCUACUUUACAUGACUUUAGCAACUGCCUAAUGCCAAACUUACAUGAAUCCCCUUUGAAAAAGCUGAAUGGACCUUAACUUUUUUUCCUGUCUCUUCAUAUUCUUAACCACUAAAAUGUGUUUAUUUGGCAUUUGGGAUUACUGGUGGUAGCAUUCAGGAUAGACUAAGUUGUGCUAUGGUAACAACUCAAAAAUCUUAGAGUCACAUAGCAACAUGGGAGUGUUUCUUGUAUUGUUACAUUUUGCAAGUUGGCCGAGGGCCCUGCUCCAUAAUUUUGUACUGUAGGACCCAAACUAUUCAAGCUGUCACCAUCUUAAACUUUAUUAGAAGAGAGCAUUCUGGAGGAUCUCCCUCCAGCAAGUAAAUUCUGUGGCUUAGAAGAAACACAUCUCAUUUCCAUUCAUUGUCGGAAUUAGUCACAUGGCUUCACCUAAGUAGGAAAGUGCCUAGAAGUGCAGUCCUACUCUGUGUCCUGAAGGCAGGGAGCUGGAAUAUUUGGUGAACAUUACUAAGCAUUAUUACAUGUACUGGAAAUCGUGGUCUUUGGGUUCAGACUUAUCAUUUCAGUCUUGACCCUGGCGCUUAUUGACUAACCUUUCAGAGCUCCUGUUUACUUAUAUAAAAUAGGAAUAAUAAUGUUUUCCUAGUAGGAGAACUAUAAAGAUAAGUAGGAAUGUUUAGAUAAUAUAUAUAGCAUGUUCUAUAUAAUUUAUGGUAUUUAUAAGAAUAAUAGUUAUUAUUUUAUAGGUUGGUUUUUGGUGUAUUAUAUGCCACCUAAAUGGGAGGCAGAAAUGUGAUAGGCUACUAAUCUCUUUUGGAAAAGUGGGAUUGUCAAGGUGGUUUAUAAAGCAGAGCCUUGGAAUGCUAGAAUGAGAGGCCGUUUCACUGUUGCUCUUAGAAUUAAGCAUGUAGGAAUUUAGCACGUAGUAACUUGUAGGACAUUAUGAGACCAUUAUGAGACCAAGAAAGUAUCUGAUAUAAUAAGGUAAACAUUCUAAUAGUAUUUCUGUUUUGCUUUCUACUGAAUAUCUCAAACUUUGAUAUUUAUAUUCUGUUUAAGAUUUAGCUGUCAAGAUUCUUGAUUGACAUAGAGGUUGUCAGGUUUGGUUUUGAUAUUCUUAAACUCUUUUGGUAUUGUGGGUGAAUUAAUGUGAAUUAAGAAAACACCUUUCCUAAGCUCCACAAAGAAUAUUCAAGUGCUUUAAAGAACUAUUUUGUGUAUGUUGUAAUAUAUUUACAAAGCUUGUUUUAAUUAUUGCUAACAAAUGACACCCUUUGCACAUGGACCUAUUUAUUUAAACUUGUAAUUUUGAAUAUAUAUAUAUAUAUAUAUAUUUGUUUUGUUUUGUUUUCUUUCUUCCUGUCCUCCCCCUGACUCAAAACAGUCUGGAUUUGGUCUCUACCAUGUCACUGAAACUGCUUCUAAGAGUAGUACCAGGAACUGCUAACUUAUCCUUAACUUACUGGAAAUCUCUGCUGCCUUUAGCACUGUAGACUACACCCUCCUUGAAAUUAUCUUUCUUCCAUAAUACUACUUGUGAUGUUUGAAAUUGAGUGUCAACUUGAUUGGAUUGAAGGAUGCAAAGUAUUGUUCCUAGGUGUGUCUCUGAGGGUGUUGCCAAAGAAGAUUAACAUUUGAGUCAGUGGACUGGGAGAGACAGACCCACCCUCAAUCUGGGUGGGCACAAUCUAAUCAGCUGCCAGCAUGGCUAGAAUAAAGCAGGCAGAAGAAAGUGGAAUGAGCAGACUUGCUGAGUCUUCUGGCCUUCAUCUUUCUCCUGUGCUGGAUGCUUCCUGCCCUCGAACACCAGACUUCAUUGAGCAUUGGGACUCUUGGACUUACCCUAGUGAUUUGCCAGGGGCUCUUGGGCCUUCAACUAAAAACUGAAGGCUGCACUGUUGGCUUCCCUACUUUUGAGGUUUUGGGACUCGGACUGGCUUCCCUACUCCUCACCUUGCAGAUGGCCUAUUGUGGGACUUCACCUUACGAUCGUACUGAGUUGGUGCACUAGUAAUUCCCAGGAUCAUGACUGAGAGAUUGUUAAUAAAAGCAUUGAGUGGUGGUAAAAAUACGAAGAUCAUUACUUUGAAUGGGAAGAAAAUGACAAAGAUGCCCUCAGCAUUAGGAAAACUGCCUGGCCUGAAGACUCUAGUCCUUCAGAAUAACCUAAUCCCCAAAGUGUGUCCAGAGUUACACAAGUUGACCCAGUUGACAACACUAAAUCUGGGAAACAACCUUUUAGAAGAAAUUCCGGAAGAGAUGAAAUAUCUUACAUCUCUGAAGAAUCUCCAUUUAUCUGGAAAUAGGAUCUGUAGAUUUGCACCUGGAGCCUGUGAUGGCUUACAAAAUUUAAUCCUGCUUAAUCUGAACAACAAUCAUCUUACGCAGCUUCCUCAAGAAGUCAGCAGAUUAAAAAGUCUUACUUAUGUGAGUGUAAAUUAUAACCAACUAGCCAGCAUUCCUAGAGAACUUUGUUUUCUUGAGAAUCUUGUUGAACUUCAACUUAACUACAAUCAGCUGAUAUACAUACCUGAAGAGAUUAAAUUCUUGAAGAAACUUCAGAAGCUUUUGCUAGCCAGAAACAACGUUGGAGUUUUGCCAGAGGAACUUUGUGAUCUUAAAAAACUAAGAAUCCUAGACAUAGCUGGAAAUAUUAUUCAGAUAUUUCCAUCAGGAUUUCAGGAUCUGAAGCUGAGGGAAUUCUACUGUGAGGGAAACCCACUGUUCCUGCAGCAGCCAGUGAUUUCUACACAACGGGAGAACGUCUGGAGUCUACAGGAAAUAACAUCAAGAUUUGUAAUGAAUCAGCUAGCAGAAAAUAACCCUUUCCUAAUGGAUGGCAUAGAACAGUACCCACAAGUCAGGAGCAUGAUCUCUCAGGGAAAAACAUGUGCAAUAUGUGGACAGUACUUUAUAACCGUAUGGCUGGAAUGUGUUCGAUUUGUUCCUCCACCAAAGGACUGGAAGAUAAGCAAGAAUCUGCAGCUGGUGCCUCUCCAAGUAUUAAUUUGUUCUUACAAAUGUUUUACUCAACGUGACCCUAACCUCUUUGGAAUUGCUCAGGUGUAGAACAGGUGAGGUGCUCGUUCAUAGCCUCACUCAACUUGCCCUGUCAGCUCUGCAUACACAGAUUAUGCCCUACUUAAGAUACCAUGCUGUACCUGUUCUCUUUGUCAACACAUUAAAUAAAGGAAGAAAAAUAAUUCCAUUAUAAUGUUCCCAAUCUAAGCACUACAAUCUGCCUUUAGCUUGCUUAGAUUCUAGGUGUGCUUUUUUUGGCUUAAAAAGGUAAAAAAAAAAAAGGAAAAAUAAAGAUUUGUGUGGCAAGUGA